AGGGGACUCGGGCGUGGGGUUGUCCCCCUUACCCCAUGCCUCUUCCAGACCCUUUCCGGAGGCUGGCUCGCCCCUCCCUGCCCCCUGUCUGGGACCCUCGGGAGCAGCUGCUCCUGCGGAGACGGUGCCAGCUGUGAGGGCAGUGGGCGCAGGCCUCCAGACACCAUGAGCGUGGGCUUCAUUGGGGCUGGCCAGCUGGCCUUUGCCCUGGCCAAGGGCUUCACAGCAGCAGGUGUCCUGGCUGCCCACAAGAUAAUGGCCAGCUCCCCAGACAUGGACCUGGCCACUGUUUCUGCCCUCAGGAAGAUGGGGGUGAACCUGACGCCCCACAACAAGGAGACCGUGCAGCACAGUGACGUGCUCUUCCUGGCGGUGAAACCACACAUUAUCCCCUUCAUCCUGGAUGAGAUUGCUGCCGACAUUGAGGAUCGGCACAUCGUGGUAUCCUGUGCAGCUGGCGUUACCAUCAGCUCCAUCGAGAAGAAACUAACAGCGUUCCAGCCGGCCCCCAAAGUCAUCCGCUGCAUGACCAACACACCAGUCGUGGUGCGGGAAGGAGCCACUGUGUACGCCACGGGCACCCACGCCCAGGUGGAGGAUGGCAGGCUCCUGGAGCAGCUCAUGGGCAGUGUGGGCUUCUGCACGGAGGUGGAGGAGGACCUGAUUGAUGCUGUUACGGGACUCAGCGGCAGCGGCCCAGCUUAUGCAUUCACAGCCCUGGAUGCACUGGCUGAUGGGGGCGUGAAGAUGGGGCUUCCAAGGCGCCUGGCAGUCCGCCUCGGGGCCCAGGCUUUGCUGGGGGCCGCCAAGAUGCUACUGGACUCCGAACAGCACCCAGGCCAGCUCAAGGACAACGUCUGCUCUCCCGGCGGGGCCACCAUCCACGCCUUGCACGUGCUGGAGAGCGGGGGCUUUCGCUCCCUGCUUAUCAAUGCCGUGGAGGCCUCUUGCAUCCGCACACGAGAGCUGCAGUCCAUGGCCGACCGGGAGAAGGUCUCACCAGCUGCCAUCAAGAAGACCAUCCUGGACAAGGUGAAGCUGGACUCCCCUUCUGGCACCUCACUGGCCCCUUCUGGCCACUCCAAGCUGCUGCCCCGCAGCAUGGCCCCGGCAGGCAAGAAGGACUGAGGUGUCCAACCUGCCCGCAGGCCACUCUCUGCCUUUUCCUCCUGGGCUCGGAGCUCCGUGCUGGGAGUGUCUAGCCCCAGGCCUCACAGGAUGUCCUCACAUUGGCCCACUGCCCGUGGCUCUGGUCCACUUGGGUCAGUGGAGUUGUAGCCAGGGAGGGGGCACAUCACUUCCCAGUGGGAACCUCCAUGGUCCCCAAGUGUGUCCUGGUCCAGAACAAGGAAGGAUUCUCUGACUUCAGCCUCCCCCUUCCUCUGCCCCCAAACCAGGUCAGGACCACCUUCCUCCAGAGCUCAGGAGGCUUGGGGGGCUUCAGCACCCAGUGUCAGCUGGCUUGGGCUUGAGUACAAAGGUCAAGGUCCCCCCCACCCCCUGGCCCCAACCAUGAAGGCCCAGCCAAGGAGAGAGCCUGAUCCCACUCGUGCCCUUUCUCCACUCUCCACUCCUUCCUCAGUGUGGGAAGGGCCAGAGGGUCCCUGGAAUCCAGCAGAAGGGCCCAUGGUUCUUGGCCAGCGUGACAUUUGAGAAAAGGGCUCCUCAGAUGGUUGAACUCCCGAGGCCCCAAUACACUCAGGCCAUCAUCUCCCAUUCCUGGCCCGACCAACAGACGCUGCCAUUUCUGUCUCUGACUUUCUAGGUUAAAUAAAUUGGUUUCCAGCCCCA